GUGUGGAUUUAAUAUCGUGAGCACGCGAUAGCGGUGAAGCUCGUGUUCAUCUGCUUGCUAGUGUAGAUGAUUCAUUAAUUGUUCUCCCAUUGACAAAUCGUCAUCAAAAGGAACAAAUCUUUACGUUAACGAGAAAGAAGAGGAAUUCCAUUCGACGGCGAUGCGUAACUUUACGCCGAUAGGAUAGCUUACACGCGACACGUGCUGCACGUGCUCGAGUACGCCGAGGGAUCGAGGAUCUACGUGGAUCUACGUGAUAGAACGAUGUGAUACAGUUGCGAUUUCUCGUAGGUCACACGAAAGACGUGAAAAGAGGCUGAAAUUGUUACGAAGCUGAAAGACCGACGGCACCGUCUCGGCGAGGUCCACGAUUACCCCGUGUGACGAUAUAUCGGCGACGAUUGCGUCAAAUGCGAAUAUCUGGGGGACCAUCGGUAACACCUCGCCUCUGUAGUCAUAUGAUCGUCGGUGGCUUCAUCACGUACACCCCAUCUCAUAUCAACUACCUGCGAAAAGGGAUUUAACCAUUACAUCUUCUAAUGGACUGUCUAUAGUAUUUACAAGAAUCUUUUAUAAUUAUUAAAAUGGCACCUGAUCCAGUAACACAAAUGAACACAUAUCGUUCAUACGUCACCAUGCUGGCUGAUCCAGUUUCAAAAGAUGAAUUGAAACUGAAAGCAGCUCAAGAAUUAUCAGAAAACUUUGAGAUCAUCAUGUGUUCAUCACAAUAUGCGGGAUUUCUCGACCAUAUGAUGAAGAUCUUUAUGAAGAUAUUGCAAGAGGGAGAGCCGCACUUUAUAUCAGAAUACAAUAUUCAACAAGUUCGAAAACUAAUUCUGGAAAUGAUACACAGAUUACCAAGCAAUGAAUACUUGCGUCCAUAUGUUAGGCAAAUUUUGACUCUUAUAUUUAAAUUACUAGAAACAGAUAAUGAAGAAAAUGUGUUGGUGUGUUUACGCAUCAUAAUCGAUCUUCAUAAACAAUAUAAACCGACAUUUAAUCCAGAAAUUCAAUAUUUCCUUCAAUUUGUCAAGUCGGUGUAUAGCGAGUUACCAAAAAAUUUAUCAAAAAUAUUUGAGCCGCGUCCUCCUCUACGUGUGAAAGAUUUGUCAGAAAUUAACAUAGAAGCUCUAUUGAAGGAAACGUUUACGAUUACAGCGAUACAAAGUGAAAAGAAAGCUGCGGAUGGUACUGUUGUGACUUAUAAUUUGAUUCCGAAAGCAGUGCUGUCCCUCAAGGUACUUCAAGAAUUACCAAUAAUUGUAGUUUUAUUGAAUCAAUUAUACAAGCAGAAUGUACACCAAGAUGUAUCAGAUUUCGUUCCGAUUGUGAUAACGACUAUAUCGCUCCAACCUAGUCUCCAGCAUCGAACAUCACCUGGAUUCAAUAAGGAAGUCUUCGUUGACUUUAUGGGCGCACAAGUCAAAACACUUUCAUUUCUUGCCUACGUCAUGAGAUUUUAUCAAGACUUAAUAUCGCAAAACAGUACGAUGUUGGUCAAAGGUAUACUUGGCUUAUUUACUCUCUGUCCGAUGGAAGUAGCUCACUUACGUAAAGAACUCGUUAUAGCUUCACGCCACAUACUAGCUACGGAUUUACGAAAUCAUUUUAUUCCUCAUAUGGAGAUCUUCUUUAACGAGGAUAUUUUUAUCGGCCAUGGUUGGACCGCUCACGAGGCCUUGAGACCUCUAGCUUAUUCCACACUCGCCGAUUUAGUACAUCACGUUAGGCUUCAGUUACCCCUCAGUGACGUGUCCAGAGCGGUGCACUUGUAUGGCAAGAAUUUGCUCGAUCAAACCUUACCCACAGCUGUUCAGAUGGUUUCUUGUAAGUUACUGAUGAACCUGGUGGAUACAGUUAGGCAAAGGUCCGAUGCUGAGAACAGCACACAAGGACGCGAACUGUUGAUACGUAUACUGUUGGUUUUUGUUCUAAAAUUUAAAACCAUUGCCAAGAUCUAUAUUCCAAUUCUGCGAAACAAAACGAAACAGUUACGGCCAGCCGUAGCGGACAAUACGACCGAAGAUACAAAACCAUGUCUCGACGUAAGUGAGGAGAAAGAACCGCCAAAAUCGAAGUUUGGUUUUCCGACUUCACAGGCGAUGAGCUACAAUGUGGCGGAUUACAGGAAUUUAGUAAAGAGUUUGGUACACGGUACUAAAGCUAUAACAUCUAAUUGUAUCAAUAAUCGAAACAACGAGGUGCCGCAAACUAAUCAGCUUCAGCCGAAAGAGACUUUGAUUUAUAUACAACUUGUUAAGUGGGCUUUACCGGCUCUAGACAUUUAUACGAUAGGACCACCAGCCAUAGGCGUUCCCGCGCAGCCAGGCAGACCGAUGCAAUCCCAAACUAUACGGACGCGAGAAGAAAAGGAGGUGUUAGAUCUUUUCGGCAAUGUAUUCACACAAAUGAACCCCCAAACAUUCCAAGAAAUCUUUUCCGUAUCCAUAGACUAUAUGGUCGAAAGAAUAUUCAAAAACUGCGCUUUACAAAUAAUUGGAAGUUCAUUCUUGUCGAGCCACACUGUUUCUUCGACGUUUGCGACAAUAUUAGUGGAAUAUUUACUGGAACGAAUGAGCGAAAUGGGCUCAAACGUGGAACGUAGUAACUUGUAUCUAAAAUUGUUCAAGCUUGUUUUCGGCAGCGUAUCGCUAUUUCCUGCCGAAAAUGAACAUAUGUUGCGGCCACAUUUGAACCUAAUCGUAAAUCGUGCCAUGGAGUUAGCAAUGUCAGCAAAGGAACCGUAUAAUUAUUUUCUGUUGCUGCGCGCAUUGUUUCGAUCAAUAGGUGGCGGUUCUCAUGACUUAUUAUAUCAAGAAUUCUUACCUUUGCUUCCUAAUAUGCUGGAAGGACUGAAUAGACUACAAUCCGGCUUACAUAGACAACAUAUGAAAGAUCUCUUUGUCGAACUGUGCUUAACUGUACCUGUGCGUCUCAGUUCUCUGUUACCGUAUCUUCCGAUGCUAAUGGAUCCCUUGGUCUCCGCUCUCAACGGAAGUUAUUGUCUAGUAAGCCAAGGUCUUCGCACUCUAGAGUUAUGCGUUGAUAAUCUUCAGCCGGAUUUUUUGUACGAACAUAUACAACCAAUUCGUGCUGAAUUAAUGCAAGCUCUCUGGAGGACACUACAUAAUUCUAACGAUCAAGGUGUUGUCGCCUUCCGGGUUCUUGGUAAAUUUGGUGGUGGAAAUCGAAGAAUGAUGAUUGAGCCGCAAAAGUUGGAAUACAACGACCGUGAAACCAAUUCUCCUAAUGUAGUAGUUUACUUCCAAGGACUAUCCCAGCCAAUCGAUUUUCCAAUGGAAAAAGUGAUCGAGGCUGCGUUCAAUGCAUUGAAAUCCAACACGACGGAUGUGUUCUACCGUAAGCAAUGUUGGGAGAUUAUAUAUUGCUACUUGGCCGCGUCCUUAAGAAUGGACGACGCCGCUUAUCUGUGGUAUGACUUGUUUACGCAUCCGAGUUUUAAAGAAGGAGAGAUACCGCCUCAACAAGGACCACACUAUAAAUGCUUCGAUACCGUGGCGCGAAACGUUCAGCAGACCGCAUUGACUGGCAUGUUUGUUGCAGUAGAAAUCAAAGAAUUGAGACCUUCGGUUCUCGUCACCGUCGUUGCCGUUGUGAGACAUUACACGAUGAUUGCCAUAGCGCAACAGGCUGGUUUAUUCAGUUGGACGGAUAAGGAAAUCCGAAAGGAUAUGCAAGGUCAAGACCCAUUUGUUUUGAUCGAUGCUCUUGCCGUUAUAAUGGGUCACGAUGAGAGAGAGCUAUAUAAAGCGGGGUACUUGACGCUUGUAUUGAUAUUAGAAACAGCAACGAAUAUUCUGGGUUCCAAGGAACGAGCCUGCCAAUUGCCCUUCAUGGAGUAUCUAGCGGAAAGAAUGUGUUCGCUGUGUUACGAGCGCGCCUGGUAUGCCAAACUUGGUGGUUGCAUAGCGAUAAAGUUUCUAUUCGAACGAAUGGCUACUAAAUGGGUUCUCAAUCACUUAUUUGUCUUUCUGAAGGCUCUCAUAUUUGUGAUGAUGGAUUUAACAGACGAAGUGUCUAACGGUGCUAUCGACAUGGCAAAAGAAAAUCUAGAAAAAAUGCUAAGAGUCUGUGUGAAUCCUGGAAUUCAAGAGGGUAACAUGGAAUUGAUAGAAGCUCAAAACAAGAGCUUGUACGAAGUCACCCGCGAACUGGUCAAGCAAGUGACGUCGCCGCACACGAUCGUGCGUGAACAGGCUAUGGCCUCGAUACGUCAGCUCGCCGAAAUACAAAACAAAUCGGUGACGGAAGUUAUGGAGCCGCAUAAGGAAGUUUUAGCAGAUGUGAUACCACCCAAGAAGCAUCUUUUGAGGCAUCAACCGACAAACGCACAAAUCGGCUUAAUGGAUGGUAAUACAUUCUGCACCACCUUGAAUCCGCGUCUUUUUACUAUUGAUUUAACCAUCAUGGAGCACAAGAUAUUCUUGCAAGAAGUGGUGGGUAUCUGCGACGCGGAUGAAGCCACUCUCAAUAAAUUUGCUUGUUAUAAAUCGAUUUCGAAUCUAAUGCCGGUAAGAAAAUCAGCAUUACGAGCUCUCGCAGCCUGUCAUUACAUUGUUGGCUAUCGGGAAAAGAUACUCGCGGUUUUAUACAGAGCUUUGGAAAAACCACAUGCUGAGUUACAGGAGACAGCCUUUGAGUGCAUGAAAACAUUCAUUGCUGGUUAUCAACUCGAUAUGGAGUCUGUCCAUACAAUGAUGCGACCUAUGUUAUUGACAUUAGGUGAUCAUAGAAACCUGAGUCUGAAUUGUGUCAGGAGGCUAUCAUAUCUGACGCAGCUCUUCCCGAGCACUUUCAGCGUUACUCUAUGUGAACAAAUGUUGCAACAUGUGAAGAAGUUUUUGGAAAAUUUGAUUCAAUCUCAUAAAGGUAUAUCAAAAUCCGGUGAGAACGAGCAAAAAAUUACCAUCAUUAUAGGAAUAUAUCACGACAUUCCGGCAUCGUUACCAAAGUUCAAUGACGCGCUUUGUAGACUCAUUUUACAAACUGAAAAAUCGCUGCUAGUCGAAGUGUCCAAUCCCUUUAAAGAACCUCUAAUGAAGUGUCUUUUACGUUAUCCGACAGAUGCGCUCAAUCUGUUUCUUCAUGAUAGCAAUAUCAAAGAUCAACAAUGGAACAGAUAUCUAGAGUAUCUCAUUAGCCACAAGGACGGUAAACCAUUUCGUGAUAUCUUACACAACAGUACAGCGCGCCUUGUCACGAUGCUGCUCGCUCACUCGCAAACGAAUUCCAGUUUGACUCACAUGGAAAAGAGCGAAGUGCAGUAUCGAGCGAUCAAGAUCAUUGGUAUACUUAUCAAGUACGACGAACAAUGGUUAUCUACUCAGAACCAGUUGGUAGGAGCAUUGAAGCAGAUCUGGUACAACGAUGACUAUCAGACAUUACACAAAAAAGUCGAAGGUGUCGAAUACUGCCAUUGGAAGGAACCAAAGCACAUUGUCAAAAUUCUCCUGCAUUAUUUCCGUCACCAACCAAACGAUAUUGAUCUACUGUUCCAACUGCUUCGGGCCACAUGCGAUCGGUUUGUGCCAGACUUUCAAUUCCUGAGAGAUUUUCUAGAGAACACAGUGGCUCAGGAAUAUACAGUCGAAUGGAAACGAAGUGCUUUCUUUCGUUUCGUUGAACAUUUUCCCACGAACAACAUGUCACAAGAGUUGAAGGCCAAUGUUCUGCAGUUGAUUAUAAUUCCAUGUUUUGCGAUAAGUUUUGAGCGCGGCGAAGGUAUGAAAUUGGUUGGGGGCGCACCGAUGCCUUAUCAAGAUAACCCUGAGAAUGUUGUAUCUGUAUUUAUUAGCAAAAUAAUUGAUCCGGACAAUCCAUUUGGUUCUGCCGAUUGUGUCCGUAUCUCUCUAUUGCAAUUUUCUUGUCUUCUAGUAGAACAGGCAUCGCAGCACAUUCACGAUGUUACUAAUAAAAGGCAAGGAAAUAAAUUGCGUCGUUUAAUGACAUUCGCCUGGCCUUGCCUACUAGGUAAGAAUUGCGUAGAUCCGACUACUAGAUACCACGGUCAUCUCCUUCUCAGUCACAUAAUUGCUAAAUUUGCUAUUCACAAGCGCAUAGUCUUGCAAGUAUUUCACAGCUUGCUAAAGGCGCAUGCCGUGGAUGCGCGUAAUGUUGUACGACAAGCAUUGGAAAUACUGACACCUGCAAUGCCUGUCCGUAUGGAAGAUGGUAAUACUAUGUUGACACACUGGACGAAGAAAAUUAUCGUGGAAGAAGGUCAUUCAAUGCAACAAUUAUCUCAUAUUUUACAACUAGUUGUAAGGCAUUACAAAGUUUACUAUCCAGUCAGGCACCAUUUGGUUCAGCAUAUAGUAAACUCGGUUCAACGUAUAGGAUGCACCCCGACCGCUACUAUAGAACAUCGACGUUUAGCUGUUGAAUUAGCAGAAGUUAUCAUAAAGUGGGAACUGUAUAGAAUCAAGGAAGAAGCUGAAACCACAGAAUCUAACAGAGUAAUUGUUGGUCAACCAUCGUGUUUGAAACGCGCGAUUAUCGAUGAUCCUUCUGGUAAACGUUUGAGCUCACAGACGCCAUCCGGUAACAGUCCUGUGCCUCUUAUUCUACCCAGAAUGGAACCAGGAUCGACGAAACCUAUUGAGAGAGCUCACGCGGAUGCCGUCCUAAAUUUCCUACUACGCUUGGCUUGUCAAGUGAAUGACGUGACGACCAUUCACGGUAAUCCAGGCGAGCAAUUAUCCAGACGCUGCGUCGCUCUGUUGAAAAUGGCACUGAAACCCGACGUAUGGAUUGCUGAACACUGUGACCUGAAGCUAUCCUGGCUCGAUAAAGUCCUCUCUAGCGUAGAGAGCUCUCAGCCUAACUACGGUAACAUCAGCAUGGCAUUAGAAGUGUUAACGUUUUUGUUAGGCGUGAUGAAGCGCGAACAAAUACUUGUCAGUUUUAAACCACUGCAACGUGGAAUAGGUUCUUGCAUUGCCAGCAGCAACACUAAAAUUAUACGUCUGGUACAUGGCCUGCUGUCACGAUUAAUGACGAUUUUCCCGGCUGAACUAGCUUCCACAAAUAUGACGCCUAAGUAUGAGGAGUUGGACACAUUGUACACAACUGUAAGUAGAUUUAUAGCCGAAGGUCUGGCUACGUAUGAGAAAACUACCACGGCUACACCGAGUUCGCUUUUUGGCACACUUAUGAUGCUUAAAGCAGCCUGCACGAACAAUCCAAGUUAUGUCGACCGGCUAAUAACUCCAUUCAUGAAAGUGUUGCAUAAAAUGGCUAAAGAACAUUUGCACUCUACACAGACUGAAGCCAACCCUGUCACGAGUGAAUUAUUAAUUCUCAGCUUAGAUUUGGUAAAGAAUCGCGUAGCAGUAAUGGGUGUCGAUAUGCGCAAAUCGUUCAUAGGCACGAUUUUGGUCGGCUUAAUCGAGAAGACGCAAGAUGUCAAGGUGAUGAAAGCCAUUACAAAGAUAUUGGAAGAAUGGAUGAAGAACAAGACCACCAUCGCAAUGAAUCAGACACCCAGUUUGCGCGAAAAAUCCAUCUUGCUAGUGAAAAUGAUGCAAUAUGUCGAGAAACGUUUCCCCGACGAUCUGGAGCUGAACAGGCAAUUCUUGGAGUUGGUGAAUUACGUUUAUCGAGACGAGACUCUGAAAAUGACGGAAUUAUCGAAUAAAUUAGAGCAGGCUUUUCUAGCCGGUCUGCGUUGUAUACAGUCGCAAGUAAGAGCGAAAUUCUUCGAAGUAUUUGACAAUUCGAUGAAAAAACGUUUGGUCGAUCGUAUCUUGUACAUUAUCGUCAGUCAGAAUUGGGAGCAUAUAGGACCUCACUAUUGGAUCAAACAGUGCAUCGAGUUGCUACUGGCCACCGUCAAUCCCUCUACUUUGGUACAAAUAACCAAUGAAGAUCUUUUGCUGCCUAGCAUCACAUCUAUCAUGCAAGGAGGCAUGGAAAAGGAAAGCAAGGAUCAAACGCACUUCGUCUGUCGUAUCGGUCGUACUGACGAAGAGCCACUGGACACCAAGAUACCAGAAGGAGACUCAAAGGACACAUUCCUCGAAAUGGACGCUUGGAUGUCCAAUCUUUCGGAUUCGACAAGCGUCACCGCCACCUCCGAGGAAAUUUUUGAGAAGCCCAGCUUGACGCAGAUGAUCAACAAACAGAUACAAUUUAUAGAGAAUGCAAAGAAAAUCAAAACGGAGCAGUUGUUACUGGCAACUGCUCAACUAUGCCACAUGGAUACGGAGUUGGCGGAGCGCGUCUGGUUAGACAUGUUCCCACGAAUAUGGUCUAUCUUAGAAGAAUCUCAUAUCAAUUCCAUAAGUAUGGAGAUAGUACCGUUCAUCGCCAGUGGCGCACAUGUUAUCCAAAAGGACUGCCAUCCAAGCGCUCUCGGCACCUUCCUAGAGGCAAUGGCACACUGCAAACCACCGGUGGCCAUACCGCCACCCGUAAUGAAAUACGUGGGUAGGUCCCACAAUGUUUGGCACCGAAUAACGUUAAGUCUAGAGCAGAUGGGCGCCGAGAUGACAGCGGAGGGUAACGGUGGUAACAUGAAGAAUAGAGGCGAACUUGACCUAUAUCGCUCGCCUGACGACGUCGAACAAGUCGAGUGCGUCACUCCCUAUUAUGAGGUGAUGCACAUGCUCUCGGAAAUGUACUCAUUACUUUGCGAGGAGGACAUGUGGUCGGGUCUAUGGCAGAAAAGGCCUGCACAUUAUAAGGAGACCCUGCACGCGAUUGCGUUAGAACAGCAAGGAUUCUUUGAGCAGGCACAAGGAGCGUACGAGGUGUGCAUGUCCAAGUUCCGGCAGGAUUACCCAUCUGGCCCGGCACCUUAUCACCUCAACGUGGAAAUGCUUCUUUGGGAGAAACAUUGGGAGCGCACUGUGAAAGAACAGAAUCAAUGGGAGAUUCUAUUAGAACUGGGCAGCCAGAACAAUUACAAAAAUCCUUUCCUCGUCCUAGAUAGCGCGUGGCGUAUUCCCAAUUGGCCAGUGAUGAAAGAAAUUCUGACACAACUGGAACAUAAUUGUCCGAGAGAAAUGAGCUGGAAGCUCAGUCUGUAUCGUGGAUUCGUAACCUUGUGCAGUAGCGAGGAGCAGCAUCUGAACGCCAUUGAGCGUUUCGUCGAGCUUGCAUCUACUCAAUGUCUGCGUGAAUGGCGUCGACUACCACGUAUUGUCAGUCAUGUACAUCAGCCACUGUUACAAGCAGCCCAACAGAUAAUGGAGCUUCAGGAGGCAAUGCAAAUCCAUCAAGGAUUGCUACAUGGCAGAAGUAAUUCACUACACGACAUGAAGGCUAUCGUAAAAACGUGGCGCAAUCGUUUGCCUGUAAUAGCCGAUGAUCUCAGCCAUUGGUCGGAUAUCUUUACCUGGCGGCAACAUCACUACACCUUUAUCUCCAAUCACUAUGAUUCUCAACAAGAUCAAACGAUUAAUCACUCAUUACUCGGCGUGCAUGCCUCUAUGCAGGCGAUUAUUCAUUUUGGAAAGAUCUCGAGGAAACAGAACCUGUGCGGUGUAUGCUUGGACUCGUUGGCCAAGAUUUAUACUAUUCCCACGAGCGUACCUAUGGUCGAUUGCUUCCAGAAAAUCAGACAACAAGUAAAGUGCUAUUUACAGAUGGCCACUAUGGGAGGACAAAAUGAGUUGCAAGAAGGUUUAGAAGUGUUGGAUUCAACAAAUAUGGGAUACUUUACAAAAGAAAUGAUAGCGGAAUUUUACGCGCUGAAAGGCAUGCUUCAAUCGCAACUAGGUCGUUCGGAUGAUGCCAACAAAAGCUUCUCUGCUGCGACCCAAUUACAUGACACUUUGGUGAAAGCUUGGUCCCUAUGGGGCGAUUAUCUUGAAAAUAUCUUCAUACGUGACGCUCGUCAAAUCAGCAUCGGCAUAAAUGCUCUUGUAUGCUUUUUACAUGCCUGUCGGCAUCAGAAUGAAUCAAAGUCGAGGAAAUACAUUGCCAAAAUUUUAUGGUUGCUCACGUAUGACGACGACAAGUGUUCGCUCAUGGAAACCGUAGACAAGUAUGCCGUAGGCGUACCAGCCAUUCAAUGGUUGCCCUGGGUACCACAAUUGUUGAUGUACCUGGUGCGCAACGAAGGAACUGUAAUUCUUAACUUACUAAGUCAAGUGGGUAGAAUGUUCCCACAGGCAGUGUAUUGCUCCGCUCGUACUCUUUAUUUAACAUUGAAAAUUGAACAAAGAGAGAGAUACAAAAGCGGUGAAUUGGCUGCUGAUAAGAGUCAAGAUGGUGUCGAAAAUCGAAGCUCAACUAACGUACCACAACAAGGAACAUCGGAAACGAGUCAUACAGUUCGUGCCACGGCGCCUAUGUGGAGGUGCUCAAAGAUCAUGCAUAUGCAGAGAGAGAUCCAUCCAACUGUUUUAUCUAGUUUGGAGGGCAUAGUCGAUCAGAUGGUGUGGAUCCGUGAGACAUGGUACGAAGAAGUUUUAAAGCAAUUAAGACAAGGACUCACAAAAUGUUACGCAAUAGCAUUCGAGAACCGUAGAGCAGUUAGCGAAGCUACCAUAACUCCCCAUACAUUGAAUUUUAUAAAAAAACUUGUAUCUACAUUUGGUAUUGGCAUUGAGAACAUAUCGUCCUCGCAAAAUAUGAGCAACUCGUUUAGUUCAGCGGCGUCGGAAUCUCUUGCACGAAGAGCUCAAGCUACAGUACAGGAUCCCGUUUUUCAGAAAAUGAAGAGCCAAUUCACGAGUGAUUUCGACUUUACCGUGCCUGGUGCUAAACUGCUACAUAAUCUCAUUAGCAAGUUGAAAAAAUGGAUAAAAAUUCUCGAAGAGAAAACAAAACAACUGCCCAAGUCUUUCUUAAUUGAGGAGAAAUGUCGCUUUUUGACCAACUUUAGCUUGAAAACUGCGGAAGUUGAACUACCUGGUGAAUUUCUGAUACCUAGGCACUCGCAUUAUUCCGUAAAGAUAGCGAAAUUUGUGCCACGUGUUGAGGUAGUUCAACGACACAACAUGGCCGCCAGAAGAUUACGUAUCCGCGGUCACAACGGUCGUCUCUACCCUUAUUUAGUGGUCAAUGAUGCCGGUCUGGGAGAUGCCAGACGUGAGGAGCGCCUAUUACAACUGCUGCGCAUGUUGAAUCAUUACUUGACCAAACAGAAGGAAACGUCACGGCGUUUCUUACACUUUACAGUACCACGACUCGUUGCCGUUUCUCCACAAAUGAGACUCGUGGAGGACAAUCCGGCAGCAAUUUCUCUUUUGGACAUUUACAAACAAGGUUGUGCGAAACUGGGAAUGGAACAUGACGCACCUAUUGCCAGGUAUUACGAGAAAUUGGCCGCUGUGCAAGCACGAGGCGCACAAGCCAGUCAUCAAGUGUUGCGGGAUAUUUUGAAGGAAGUGCAAACCUCAAUGGUCUCUAAAACUCUGCUCAAAGAUUGGGCAUUAAAGACAUUCCCCGGCGCCACCGAUUACUGGACGUUCAGAAAAAUGUUCACCCUGCAGCUGUCUUUAACAUGUUUUGCUGAAUACGUACUUCAUCUUACACGACAUAAUCCCGACAUGAUGUAUGUACAUCAGGAUUCCGGUUUAAUUAACAUCGCGUACUUUAAGUUCGACAUUGAUGAUACCUCCGGAGAGUUAGAUGCAAACAGACCGGUACCUUUCCGCCUGACGCCCAAUAUCUUCGAGUUUAUCACAACUAUAGGAGUUUGCGGACCGUUGACUGCUAGCGCAAUCGCCACAGCGCGUUGUUUGGUUCAACCCACAUUCCAGCUGCAUGCCAUACUUCGCGCGAUUUUGCGAGACGAAGUGAUCGCGACUCAUAAACGGCAAGAAGACGCCGAGGGCACAUCGCCUGAUCCGACUGAUCCGAAGGGCGAGCUGCUGAUAACAAUGGUGACUCGCGCAGUCACUGCGAUCGUUACUAGACUGAACUCUCUGGCAAAUUUCGACGGCAUUGAUAGUAAGGUCAGCACGUUGGUAGCCGCUGCCAAUAGUCAUGACAAUCUCUGCAGAAUGGAUCCAUCGUGGCAUCCGUGGCUAUAAAACACAGUUCAGCCUAAUUGUUUAUGCUAUCAACGAACGAGGAAAGGAUUAAAACUGUCACAUUAUUUAUUUGUAUGAUUUUCUUGCCUGGUUUUUUUUUAUUUUAUAUUGACGCUGGCUUUCCAAUUCAGAAAAUUAUUGGACUAUGA